GCUUUCGUCUUCUGGUUAAAGAUUGCUUUUAUGUCACUUGUGAUCCAGGGUUUGUUGUUGGGGAAACAGCGAACAGUCUUUGUGGGUAUAACUGUGUCUCUACCGAAGUUGAUGUAUUUAGUAAAGCAGUCAACCUGUUUAUCAAUGUUCAUACUAUCCACAUCUGUUUCCAGCAGCACUUUUCAGUCUGUUUAAAUCAACAGUCCCUUAAAACAGUCCCUUAGAGCUUCACUGGCUUGAGGUGUCCAUCUUCUGAUUUUGACUUUGGUCACAGGCUGCCUCAGUACACAAGGUCUGUAACAGGUUUGCAGAUAGACCAAGUUAUGAUCUGACUUUCCCAGUGGUGGUGAGGCAGUGGCUCUGUAGGCUUCUUUGACGUUGGCAUACAGCAGAUCCAGGGUCUUGUUUUCUCUGGUAGGACAGUUCACAAACUGUGUGAAUCCAGUUAGGUGAGAGGAGAGGGUGACGUGGUUGAAUUCUCCUGAUAUUAUUAUUAGUGCCUCCAGGUGCUGAGUCUGUAGCCUGGCAACACUAUUUUGCAAAACAUUGCAUGGAAUUUCUUCAGUUGAUUUGGGUGGGAUCUUAACAAUUACUGUUCAGUCAGGAUCACUUUAGUCAAAAUUAAUUAUCUAUUACAACGGAGUCAGAGUUAGUUCAAGAAAUAAAAAAAAUACGAGUAGAUGGGUUUUCAAGCAGGCUGAUUUUGUCUUCCCAGAACAGCGUACAGCCUCAUACCGCUGUGUACUGCUGUGUACUGCUGUGUACCGCUGCAUACCAGGUUACUGGCUUACUUUUACCCCUGGGUGUGAGAGAAAGACCUGCAGAUUGAGCAGGAAAAAGCUUGAUGCCCAGUGAAAUGUCUACUGAUUAGAGCCAGGUCGACUACAAACUAAUUAAGUCUCUGGUUGAAUCUUUGCUUGCUGAAAAUUAUUUGUGAUAUUACUAGAAUAAUAUUCUUCCAUAAGUCAUGGCUGAAUCAGAAAUGAUGGCGGGAUAUGUGUCCAGUUCAGUUCUGGGUGCUGAAAACACUUCACAUAUGACAUCUCCAAAUACGCCAAAAGCUACAUAAACUCAGCUAAGGUCAGAGAUUUAAACAGCCGGGGAUCACUAUCUCUAAGCAUCACAGACUCGUCUCCGCAAUCCACAAUGCAUCUAUCGUUGUAGUCAGAGCACGGCAAGAUUUUUACAAGACUGAUGUCAGUACCAAUAAGGAUUAGGCUCUGCAUAUUAGGUGUAAUUGCAGCUGCGGGAGGGAAGAAUGGGACAACGGUGGAGACAGGGACUGCACUUCCCAGGGUCCUUCGCAGGAUUGUGAUGCUAUUGUCGGUUGUCGCUGGAGUGACGUCAUUGUUCAGCGCGGUGAAUGCAGGUGUGACAGCUGGGAUGAAGGAAGACAGCCGAGCACGUGCCGCACCGCAUUUUGAGGCUUCAAUCCUUGAAGACAUAUGGGUGAGCAAUGACUGGAUGCUGAAUAGUGCUUUCAGGAUGUGAUUGUCGUCCACGUCCGCGGCUCUGGUGGCUGGGGUUGGGCCCUGCGAUCUGCGGGCGGCAGCAGUGACACGGCGGCUGAAGCUGGAACUGCCGUGAUGCUGCAAGAGCAGUGCUUCUUUUCUCGAUGGCUUUUCUAGAGACAGAUGAGGAAGCGAGAACUGCCAGUGGAAGCUCUAUGUGGAUAUUUUCCAUAAACAAGGUGAAAAUCUCUUGAUGUGAGGCACCAUCUGGAGCUGUGAUGUUAUUUUUAAAGGACUUCCAGGGGCCUGGACUCUGGCCGUUAAUUGAAGCUGGGAGAGAUAGACGUUUUACUUGCCAGAGGAGAGCUCCUGUGGAAGGGAAUGCAGCUUGCAGAGCAGAUGGAGCCAUGCAGAGUGGUUGCAGCAGGCAGAGUAGGCAGGAGAAGCAGUUUAAAUAGGGCGCCAUUUUGACAUUAGCCAAUAGGACAUGUAGAGGGCAAUCACCUGAGCUGUCACCUGACUGAGGGCUGGCUUAAGAUCAGCUGACUGACCUUUAGAUUUACUAUGUGACCUGCCUGAACUACCACUAUGCUUCAUUUAUGAUAUGACUAAAUUCUCUUGGAACAUAAUAUGGCCAAAGAGCAACUGCCAACAGUUCAAUAUCUGGACAACACAACUUCUCCUUGACAGUUAUGUGUGAAGGGGUUACACCAUCUCUGGUUGACAAAUAAAGCCAGACCUCCUCCUUUCUUCUUGCCACUAGCUUGAGCAUCUCUGUCUGACCUUAUGAGAGUGAAGCCAGUUAGAUCCACACUGGAGUUCGAGUUGUUUUGUUUCAAUCAGGUUUCAGUAAAGUACAGGAAACUGCACUCACGGUGUGCUUUCUCAGUCUUCACCAAGAUCUCCAGCUCAUCACUUUUGUUGGGCAGAGAGUUGAUGUUUCCCAUGAUAAUUGAUGGAUGACAGGGUUUAUAUCACCACCUCGUAGCAUUCAGCUUUGCCUUCACCUUUGCACCAGCACGGCAACCACGAUAACACCUCCUGAUGUCCUCUGGAAUUGUAUGUUGUUGUCCAGAUUUGCUUUUCCUCAAUGAAAGGAGCUCUUCUCUUGAGCAAACUCUUCACCCAGCAGAAGUAUCCAUCAGCAGCCAACAAAAUUACAACAAAAAUAUGAAAAAAAAAAAAAAAAUCUAGCAAAAAUUACAGAUGAUACGGAGAGACCAGACUUGCAGCAACCUCUAGGUUCAAGUGCAGAGAGAGAGAGAGAGAGAGAGAGAGAGUGUGUGUGUGUGUCUGUGUUUCUGCAGACCUGCUCCAGCAUGGUCUCAGGUGAGGAAGAUGUCAUUCCUAACUCUCUUGUCAUCGUAGCUGUACCUCACCAGCAAAGAAUUCACUACUAAUGUAUCGGACGCACACAAACACACACACACACACACACACACACACACACAGUUCUCUAUCCUCCAAUGAAAAAUAAAAUAGCCACUAAAAUAAAUUCCUCAGAGUAUUUUCAUAUAACAACAGCUUAGUUAACCAAUAACCUUUGAGCAACAGUCUUUUAAAGGAACCAAAAAAGGUUCAUUUAGUAUCAAAUAAGGUUCCUCCAAGAACUAGUUUAUGGGGAGAUGAGGGGAUCAGAGAGAGGGUGAAAAGAUGGCGGAAUGACAGGGUGAGGGGAAAAGGUGGAGUCAAACAGUAAGCAUUGCAAAAGUUAUGGUAAUAUUCCCAAACCAAGUGUGGUGAUUUUACAGAACAAUCUACAUUUACACAAAACUCCUGGAUGUACAGCUGAACUUUUAAGUCUGACUUUACCUGGUAAUCUUCCUGCUAGCCUCUGGCUGAAAUUUGGGGGUAAGAUUGAAACUGAGGUCGAAGACUGCUGUAGGGAAUAUUUGGAAAAUUCAUGAAGAACAUGAGGUAGUAAUGAUGCAACCAGAGCAAUCUGGAUGAGAGACGUGUAAAGGGUGAAAAAAAAAAAACAGGAGAUGAGGAAGAGAGAGGAAAUUAUUUUCAAGAAAAGAUAUCUGUUUGUUCACACACAGCAUUAAAAUAUGAGUUUAAACAGCCUGUGUCAGACCCCUUCUGAAGAGAGACAACUUGGAAACAGCGGUACCUAAUAAUUACAGACCUGUGUCCAACCUGCCAUUUUUAAGCAAAAUUAUAGAAAAGGUGCGCAGACUUGAAUGCACAUAACACUUUGUGGGGUGGGAAAUACACAGAUGCAGAUGGUAGGGUAGUUGAGGAGCUAAUGGAGGAGAGGGAAUUAGUAUGUAUAAAUGAUGGGAGGGGGACUAGAAUAGAUGUCAGAACAGGAAAUGAGUCAGCUAUAGAUAUUACAUUGGUAUCAGCAAGUUUGGCAGGAGUCAGUAAAUGUGUUGUCAGGUAAGUCGCUAGGUAGUGAUCAUUAUUUAAUCAUGUGUACAGUAGGGGAAAGAGUGGAGGUGGGGGCGGGUAUGGGGCUCCUGAAGUGGCUGUACAGUAAAGCAGAGUGGAAUAAAUUUAGGGAGGUGAGUGAGGGUCUACUGGAGGUAGUUGAUAUGAACAAGGAUGUGGAAGUAGUUAACAAUAGUGUUACAACAGCAAUAAUCACAGCAGCAACCCAAGCUAUUCCGAGGAGCAGAAAUGGAAGGACCAGGAAGUUAGUUCCAUGGUGGUCAGAGGAGUGUAGCAAGGCAGUGAAGGCCCGAAAUCAAGCAUUCAGAAAGAUUAAGCAGAAUGAGGAGAGUAGUUAGACGCACAAAGAGGGAGAGUUGGAGGCAGUUUUGUAAUGGUAUAGGGAGAACAACACCGGUAGGAGAAGUAUGGGGUAUGAUAAGGAAGAUGGGAGGGGACAGGAGGCAGUGGGAAUACCCUGUGAUUACAGAGGAAGGACAGCAGUAAAUGAUAAGGAAAAGGCUGAGAUGAUAGCCAGGGCAUUUGCAAAGGUGCAUAGUGUAGACAAUCUGACAAUGGAGGGGAAAAGGAGAAGAGAGAUGACUCAGAGUAGAUAUCCAGGUGCUCUAGACAGGAGGAAGGAUACAGGGGGGGAGAUAGACACCAGGGGUCCGUUUCACGUAGGUGGUUCAACAAACUCUGAGUUAAAUCCUUAACUCUGAGUUAGGAAACUCUGAGUUUCCGGUUUCACAACACCUGAUUUGAGACGGUUUUAACAACUCCGAGUAGUUUGACCUGGAGUUAAGCACGUGCACGCCAGACAUAAACAGCCAGCAUCUGUGGAGCGCAGAUUCAAUGAUCAACCAAUGGAAACAGGGAGAAGGAGGGGGCAGCAGCAAGCCAACAGCGAAUUACAGCACGUUUGUAAAAGAAAGUGCAAUACAGCAGCAGCUGCAAAGGAGAGGGAGAGGGCUUGGGAGGAAAUCGCUGCUCGCGUCAAUGCGUAACUUUAAAUCUAGUCUCGUGCAAUCACAAUGACAGACUGUUGCAGGGAAACUGCUUGAAUCAUUUUGAUCAUGUUUUACAUUGUCAAGUAAGUAUUAAGUGGCAGUUUGAUCCCUUACAAAAUGCUCUUUUCACACUCAAAAAUGAAUUUUACUCUCUUAUGAUGUUCCGUUAAAUGAUUAGGAAUAUUAAACUAACUCUCAGUAUGUAUAUGUACAUAUAUUAAACUGACACACACUACACUCAAUAUUAGACUUUCACUCAGCAAACAAAAAGAGGGCGGAUGCCAGAAAAACGGGUGGUGGCCCAGCAGCCCCACCUUUAACGGAGGCAGGGUAGCUGCCCCCCUCGACGAUCGCAACCCCCACCCCGUAGCAGCGAUCGUCGGACUGGUGUGUGUGUGUGUGUGUGUGUGUGUGUGUGUGUGUGUGUGGGGGGGGGGGGGGGCCACCACCCGUUUUGUGUUAGUUUAAUAUUCCUAAUCAUUUAACGGAACAUAAUAAGAGAGUAAAAUUCAGUUUUGAGUGUGAAAAGAGUAUUUUUUAAGGGAUCAAACUUACUUGACAAUGUAAAACAUGAUCAAUAUGAGAAAAUGCCGAUGUCUCACCUGAAACUCUGGGUUUACUGAGUUAAACCUGCUCCCGAGCAGGUUAGGUUCACGGAGUCUGUUACUGUGGUAACUGACCAUGAGGUUGAGUUACCUCUCUUUGUGAAACAGGUUAGAGUUACCCCUCUCUCCCUGGUUUAACUAACCCUCCUUUGUGAAACAGAAAACUCAGAGUUUCCCUGAUUUCAGGGUUAACAAACUCAGAGUUUCCAUUAAACCUGCUACGUGAAACGGACCCCAGAUUUACUAUGGCAGAGCUUGUGAGAGCGGUUAGGAAGGCAAAGCCUACAGCUCCAGGGGGAGAUCAGGUAAGCUAUAUAAUGCUGAAAAUUUGGGGGAGAAGGGGAUGAUCAGAUUGUUAGAAUUGUAUAAUAAGGUAUGGGAGGAGGGAAGGCUACCAAGUGUAUGGAAGGAAGCAGAGGUCGUACCGAUUAGGAAGCCAGGUAAGGACCCAUGCUCUCCUUCUAGCUACAGGCCAAUAGCUUUGACCUCGAACAUAUGUAAAAUUAUGGAGAGAAUGGUGACAGAGAGGUUGACAUAUGUGCUUGAAAAGAGAGGUAUGCUGGCGAGAUGCCAGAGCGGAUUUAGAAAAGGUAGGAACACGAUGGACGCAGUGGUGAGACUAGAAAGUGAGGUGAGGAAGGCGCAGGCAAACAAGGAAUCUGUAGUGGUAGUGUUUUUUGACAUAGAGAAGGCAUAUGACAUGAUGUGGAAGGAAGAAUUACUGAUUAAGUUGCAGGGGAUGGGGAUUGGGGUUUUUGGGCUUUUUGAAUGAUAGGAAGAUUCAAGUUAGAAUAGGGUCAGAGGUAUCUAGUAAGUAUGAAGUAAGGAAUGGCACUCCCCAGGGGAGCGUAGUUAGCCCACUAUUGUUUCUUAUCAUGAUAAAUGAUGUUUUUUCAGAGGUACCAGCAGAUAUAGGAAGCUCACUGUUCGCAGAUGACGGAGCACUGUGGAAGAGAGGUAGGAACACCAAGCAUAUAGUCAUUAAGGUGCAGAUGGCGAUUGAUGGGAUGACAGAGUGGGGAUUAGAUUUGGGGUGUAGGUUCUCAGUAGAGAAGACUCAGACUAUAAAUUUUACUGGGAAGAGGGUGGGAGUAGAUGUGUCAUUGAGUAUGUAUGGUAGACAGCUGGAGAGGGUUGAGGCAUUUAAGUAUUUGGGGGUGGUAUUUGAUAAGAGGUUAACCUGGGCAAAUCAUAUCAAGCGGGUAGAGGGUAAGUGCAGGAAAGUGUUGAAUAUGAUGAGGUGUCUUGCAGGCAGAGAAUGGAGGGCGAGCUGUGAUGCAUUAAAAACAGUAUAUGUAGCUAUGAUAAGGUUAGUUAUAGAUUAUGGGUGUAUAGUACACUCACCGGCCACUUUAUUAGGUACACCUGUCCAACUGCUCGUUAACACUUAAUUUCUAAUCAGCCAAUCACAUGGCGGCAACUUAGUGCAUUUAGGCAUGUAGACAUGGUCAAGACAAUCUCCUGCAGUUCAAACCGAGCAUCAGUAUGGGGAAGAAAGGUGAUUUGAGUGACUUUGAACGUGGCAUGGUUGUUGGUGCCAGAAGGGCUGGUCUGAGUAUUUCAGAAACUGCUGAUCUACUGGGAUUUUCACGCACAACCAUCUCUAGGGUUUACAGAGAAUGGUCCGAAAAAGAAAAAAUAUCCAGUGAGCGGCAGUUCUGUGGGCGGAAAUGCCUUGUUGAUGCCAGAGGUCAGAGGAGAAUGGCCAGACUGGUUCGAGCUGAUAGAAAGGCAACAGUGACUCAAAUAACCACCCGUUACAACCAAGGUAGGCAGAAGAGCAUCUCUGAACGCACAAUACGUCGAACUUUGAGGCAGAUGGGCUACAGCAGCAGAAGACCACACCGGGUGCCACUCCUUUCAGCUAAGAACAGGAAACUGAGGCUACAAUUUGCACAAGCUCAUCGAAAUUGGACAAUAGAAGAUUGGAAAAACGUUGCCUGGUCUGAUGAGUCUCGAUUUCUGCUGCGACAUUCGGAUGGUAGGGUCAGAAUUUGGCGUCAACAACAUGAAAGCAUGGAUCCAUCCUGCCUUGUAUCAACGGUUCAGGCUGGUGGUGGUGGUGUCAUGGUGUGGGGAAUAUUUUCUUGGCACUCUUUGGGCCCCUUGGUACCAAUUGAGCAUCGUUGCAACGCCACAGCCUACCUGAGUAUUGUUGCUGACCAUGUCCAUCCCUUUAUGACCACAAUGUACCCAACUUCUGAUGGCUACUUUCAGCAGGAUAAUGCGCCAUGUCAUAAAGCUGGAAUCAUCUCAGACUGGUUUCUUGAACAUGACAAUGAGUUCACUGUACUCAAAUGGCCUCCACAGUCACCAGAUCUCAAUCCAAUAGAGCAUCUUUGGGAUGUGGUGGAAUGGGAGAUUCGCAUCAUGGAUGUGCAGCUGACAAAUCUGCGGCAACUGUGUGAUGCCAUCAUGUCAAUAUGGACCAAGCUCUCUGAGGAAUGCUUCCAGCACCUUGUUGAAUCUAUGCCAAGAAGAAUUGAGGCAGUUCUGAAGGCAAAAGGGGGUCCAACCCGUUACUAGCAUGGUGUACCUAAUAAAGUGGCCGGUGAGUGUAUAUGGAUCAGGAGCAAAGUCUCUUCUAGGAAAGUUAGAUACGAUCCAGGCAAGUGCAUAUGGAUCUGUAGUGGGGCCUUCCGGACGUCACCAGUGCCUGCAGUACAGGUGGAGUUGGGUGAGAUGCCGCUUUGCCUGAGGCGCAAACAUCUCAUUGCAAACUACUGGAUUAGUUUGAAGGGCAGCAGUGGUACCCACCCCACAAAAGGAGUGAUAGAGGAGUGUUGGGAGGAUGGGAAGGGUAAGAGGGAGCAUUUUGGUAGGAUGGGGAAUAGAAUAGCAGCAGAGCUUGGGGUGGGUGGGAAGGAGGUAGGCCUAACAGUAGUGUAUCCAGCAAUGCCACCAUGGAGAAUGGUAUGGCCAGCAGUGGAUUGGAGUGUAAUGGGAAAGAAAUGGAAAGAGGGAGGACAGGUAGGCUUGGUUAGCGUAGUUAAUCAACUCCUGAGGGAAGAAUACAGCGGCUUUGUUCAGGUAUACACAGAUGGGGCAAAACAACCUGAGACGGGGGUGACAGGAUUAGGGGUAGUGGUGCCAUCGAGGGACAUUGAGAUCAAUCGAAGGACAUCAGACGGUCUAGUGGUAAACACAGUGGAGAUGUUGGGGGUGUUGAUUGCACCGAAAUGGGUGGAAAAAGUUAGAGUAGAGAGGGUAGGUAUAUACACGGAUUCAGCGUCAGUAUUAGCUAGCAUGAGAUCGUUCCAUUCAAGCAGCCGUCAGGGUUUAUUAUACGAAAUAUUACAGUCAGUGACAAGAAUAGUACAGCAGGGGGGCCAGAUCAGAUUUUUAUGGGUUCCAGCACAUAAAGGGGUGGAAGGAAAUGAGAAGUCAGACGUGAUGGCUAAGGAGGCGUUAGGGAAGCAAUCAGUGGAGCUGAAUGUUAGAUUAAGUAAAGCGGAAGUUAAGAGUAUGAUAUGGGAAAAGCUUAUUCAAAUGUGGCAGAAGAAAUGGGAGGGUGAGAAGAGAGGAAGGCACCUGUAUAAGAUUCAAGAGAGUGUUAAAGUUAGAAGGCUGGGUAGUGGACAGAGAAAGGAAGGGUCAGCAUUGAUAAGGUUGAGGUUAGGUCAUUGUGCAUUAAAAAAACACUGAAAAUGAUAGGGAAACACCAGACUGGGUUAUGUGAGGGAUGUCAGGUGGAGGAGUCAGUGGAGCAUGUUCUAAUGGGUUGUAGGAGAUAUGAGAUAGAAAGGGGAGGGAUGAGAAAUAAGUUGAGGGAAUUGGGUAUGCAAGACCUUACACUAAAGGGAGUAUUACAGAUGGGGGACAGGUCACAUGUGAGAGUGUUAGUUGAGUUUUUAAGGGUGACGGGGUUGAUUGAUAGGAUUUAGUCUGUAGGAGUAUGAAUGUGUGAGUGUAUGAGAUGGGAAUGGGUGGUGCACAGGGUUUUGUAUAAGAAUUGUCAGAAGAGGGCGGUAAUGCACCGUUCACAAGAGUGCCAACUGCUGUUAAACUAAAAGAAGAAGAAGAAGAAGUCUCAGUGCCAGAGUAUUGUCACUCCCAAGUGGUACAGACGCUUCUCCUGGCCUUCCUUGGAUAAUUACUUGCGACUUUUUACUCCCCGUGAUCCCUUGUAUGUCUUCUCACCUCCUUCUCCUCUGUUUUCUCCGCAGUGUCUCCAGCCCACACAACAGCCAGCCAGCAAACCAGACUUUUUCCUUGUGCUUUGUUUCCCCGAGUUGGACAUUAAACACCUUUAAUUUGC